AGCAAAAGCACCAAUUCCGAACCGACUAACAUCAUCAUUAACAAAAGCACCAAAUAUGUGUUAUGCCUGUCUCCCUCAAAUAUGCCUAUCUCUAAUAGAACCAGAUCGCCCACGACAAGAUCCAUACCAAGGAAUCAGGAUAGACAGCGAGAAAGAUCUGCUUCUGGGGUAUCGCUGUCGUCGAAUAACAGUGGUUCUGCACUGGGAAACAAUGCAUUGUUGAAUGGAGGUGGAAAUCCACCAGCUGCUGAAAACUCUGAAGGCAGUACUAGUGGAGGGGCGGUUGUUGAAGUUGCAACAGUUAUGUUGGCAGAAGUUCAAGUUGUUUUAUUUACCUGCGUGCCUAAGUCCGUUUCCAUAUUCUUUCUGGCCUUCGUUUACAGCAGGUAGCGGGAUGUAAGUACAAAUUGUAAAUGACUGCUUACAACCAGUUUACAGUUAGAUAUUACGCAUCACAAUCUCCAUCUCGUUUGAAAUUGAAUGACGGCGCACCGUACCCAACAUUUUUUGUUGCGCCUCUAACACACGCAGCAUCCCCGCAACACCUUCUUCGCCAGUAACGACGAUGCAACAGGAGCUUCCGCGCUACUUCUCAC